UGCUCUUGUUUUAGUCACGGAUUCUGCCGGCCUUUCACGCCUUCAAAACUGCAACACCAUUUGCCUGGCGCUUUCUUGUAUUGCUAUUCAGAACCAUGAGGUCCAGGAGUCCCAGUCCCAGAGCUGUUGGGCAGCCCAAUCAGGUGGAGGAGCCAUACAGCCGUGCCAGACAUAACCCGUUUUUCGAUGGCCUUUUGAGGCUUGAUGAUCAGAAUCCUAGCCCACCUACUGUUGAUUUUCCGGCAAUCCAUGGAAGUCGGAACAUUUCUCGUACCACGUCGGAUAUUGGUAACACACUCACAAGAAAAGGGCAAGUUCCAUUCUCUGAUGAUAGUGUUCUUAAGCCCUUUGAAGGGGCGAAAAUUGGUAAAACUGCUUCAUUUGCGUUCGCUAAUGUUCAGUCAGCUUUUAGCUUUGAUUUGAGGACAUUAAAUGAGCCUGCCAUUGAAGCAAAUGAUCAUAAGCAUGGUAGAGUAAAUGGUCUAGCAAGUGUCACAAGUGGGAAAUCAUUCAGGGUGAAUAGAAGGAAAGAAAACCUGUCUACUGUUUCACUUCCUCAGUCUGCUGCAUCGUUUUAUAGUGGGGACUCACCGCAAUUUGAAAUUGUUGCAUCGUGUCCAAGCAUUUACAGGCUUAAUUUGUUUCUCAAAGCCACAAAGGAUGAAGUUAAUGCCGGUGUCCCGGGAAAAUUCUUACAUGUUGUAAUGGCUCAAGAUAUUGCUGAUGUUGGAUCCAUUGUUUCAACCAUCACUUAUGCCUUCUACCUGAAUGAAACACAAAAAUGUGACCAGUUGUGUACAGUGCCUGUUAUCAACAUGAAGAGGUCAGACAUAAAUUCUCAAGCUGAACUCAAAUGGUUACUUGAUUUUUGUCAAAUUGAUCAGUCGCCCUUAAUCUUUGUAGAUGAGAUUGAUCUGUCAUAUUAUGAUCUAUUUGGGAGUCUUAAAAUAGUUCUAUUAAAUGGCCACAAGCUCCCAGCCAAGCAAGAGGGAUUGAAAGGGGCAGUAGUUGAAUUUUUCAAUUGCAAACAGGGAGAAUCUGUAUAUCCCUGGGUUAAGAGUGUUACUGUAGCAGAAGAUAGCUCAUGCUGCACAGUUGUUGCUGAGAAGUUUUCUCUGAUUUUACCUGAGAUUUUGGCUGGACAAGGAUUCAGCAGACUUUUGUUAGCUGCCAUCCUUUUAGACUCCACAAACUUGUGUGGUUCUCAGUGUUCAAUCAAAGAUAAGUACAUGGCUACACUGUUAAUUCAUGGUGCUGGUCGCUUUGGGUGCAACGGCCUUUACCAGUUAUUGAGAUACAAAAUGUAUGAUGUAUCUGAUCUCAAGGUUGGUGAUAUAUUACGCAAGGAUUUCAAAAAGUGGACAAGAGCAGGUAAACCGGAGGGUCCUGGUGCUAGAACAUCACAAAUUGGGAUGAGUUCCAUUGGAAUGCCAAUUGCACAGCUUCUUCAACAUGAGAACACCUCAGCGCAUGAAGUUAAAAAUUUCCAACAGAUGGAAAAACUCCGGCUUCUCAUGGUUGUUUCUGGGUAUUAUGAUUCGAAAAGGAACUUCAAGAGAGAGAUCCUAGUGGCUGCUGAGUCAGUGGAGCUCAUGAAAAAUCUGCUGUUUUUCUUCGACUCAAGUGCUUCCCAACUGCCUCUCAAAGCGAUCCAUCAGUCAGGUCUUGGAGCAGAGAUGCAAGCAUUUGAGAUUGACAAGGUCACAUCGAGAAAGACCAUCGAGCGCCUCUUAGAAGAAUUUGGUGGGACUUCAAAAGGCUAAUGCGAAUUCCAGACCUCAAUAAAUGUUCAGAGACAGUUGUUCUCGAGUAUGUUGUUACACAAGAGGUGAAGGAAAGAUUUCUGUAAGAUAUAAUUUAAUCGUGGCUGUUCAAAUUGAAAGGUAUAUUUGAGGGAAUGAUCAAACUAAUCUGCUCUUGAAAAUUUGGAUCAGAUAUUCAAUUUUACUGUAAACUUGCUUCGUUUUCCAAAAUGAUCUGCAGUGUGUAUAAAAACUUUUCGUGGA